UUCCCGCCUGUCUGAGGAGGCAGGGCGUUCAGUACGCAGGCGCGUUUGGUGCAUUGUGGGAGGCUGCGGCCCAGUCAGGUUCUUGUCGUUGUUGGAUGGCGGCGGUGUGCUGCUCGCUGUAGCCGGCCGCUGUCUGCCCCCCAUCCCCCCUCCGCCGAACUGUACUAAUCGUGUGUGUGUGUCCCUCUUGUUGUGUGUUAGAGCAGGAGAGGCGCCAUGACUUCGAGCACAGACGUCAUCCAGGUGACCAACGUGUCCCCCAGCGCCAGCUCCGAGCAGAUGAAAACACUCUUCGGCUUCCUGGGCAAGAUCGACGAGCUGCGCCUCUUCCCGCCCGAUGAUUCUCCUUUGCCUGUAACAUCUCGUGUCUGUUUUGUAAAGUUCCAUGAUCCAGAGUCUGCGGUGGUGGCCCAGCACCUGACUAACACAGUGUUCGUGGACCGAGCAUUAAUAGUGGUUCCGUACGCGGAAGGAAUCAUUCCUGAUGAGGCCAAAGCUCUGACACUUGUGGCCCCAGCUAAUGCGGUCACUAGUUUGCUACCAGGUGGAGGACUCCUGCCUACUCCGAACCCCCUCAGUCAGAUUGGAGCUGUUCCCCUUUCUGCGCUGGGAGCACCUACACUGGAUCCCACUCUUGCGGCUCUCACUCUUCCAGGAGCCAAUCUAAACUCACAGUCUCUUGCAGCAGAUCAGUUGUUGAAGCUCAUGAGCACAGUGGAUCCAAAGCUGAAUCAUGUGACGGCUGGGCUAGUGUCACCAAGCCUGAAAUCUGAUGCCUCGAAUAAAGAUAUCGAGGAGGCAAUGAAGCGUGUCCGGGAGGCUCAGUCCUUGAUAUCUGCAGCUAUUGAGCCAGAAAAGAAAGAUGACAAGUCGAAAAAGCAUUCAAGGUCACGUUCCCGAUCCAGGAGGAGGAGGACACCCUCUUCUUCCAGACACAGGCGAUCUAGAAGUAGAUCAAGGAGAAGAUCUCAUUCAAAGUCUAGAAGCCGGCGGCGAUCAAAGAGCCCACGCAGGCGAAGAUCACACUCACGGGAAAGAACCCGCCGCUCUCGAUCCAAGUCUAGUUUUAGAGAGAAAAAGCGAGAAGAAAAGGAGAAAAAACGAUCCAAAACACCUCCUAAAAGCUACAGCACAAGCAGACGGUCUAGAAGCACAAGCAGAGAUCGGAGGCGCAGGAAGAGUCGAACUGCAUCUCGGUCUCCUAAAAAGCCAAGGUCACCGAAGAGGAAGUACUCACGCUCUCCUUCACCAAGGAGACACAAAAAAGAAAAGAAGAAGGAUAAGGAGCGUGAGAGGAACAGGGAUGAAAGAGAACGAUCUUCCAGCAAGAAGAAGAAGAGCAAAGAUAAAGAGAGGGAACGUGAGCGGAGAUCAGAAAGUGAAAAAGACGUGAAACAGGUAACCCGGGAUUAUGAUGAAGAGGAGCAGGGCUACGACAGCGAGAAGGACAAGCGAGAAGAGUACAUGGUUUCAGAGGCCAGCGGGCCGCAAGACUGCGAGACCACGGCUGAGCCAGCAAGCAGCGACUCGCCAAAGGACUCCAAAGUGAAUGGAGACGAUCAUCACGAGGAAGACAUGGAUAUGAGCGAUUAA